AUGCUCUACCGCCCGCCGCCGCGGGAGACCUACCGCCAUCCCGGCGCCAUGGCCCAGGACGUGCGCGUCCUCGGCCUCAACAUCGCCGGCCACACGCCCCGGCGCGACGAGGCGCCGACGCCGGCGCGGCCCAAGAGCGCCGCGGCCCGGUCCGAGGUGUCGCCGCGGCGGAGCCCGCGGCUCGGCCCGCGGCCCAAGUCCGCCGGCGCGCCCAAGUCCAGCGGCGAGCGGCCGCUCGUCGGGUCCUUCCAGCGCGAGACCGACGUGAAGCGGCCGCUCGACAUGACCGUCACGAACGGCCGCGCGGCCGCGGGCUGGGAGCAGAGCAAGGCGCGCGCGGCGUCGGCCGUGAGCCUCGACAUCGACGCCGCCCUCGAGAAGGCUCUAGACGCCCUCGAUCGCCUCGCCGCGGGCAUCGAGCCCGACGACGAGCCGCCCAAGGCCCGGCCGACCGCGCGCGACGGCGACGGCGACUCGCGGCAGAGCCGCGAGCUCGCCGUCUCCGGCGCCUGGCCCCGGCAGGAGGCGACGCUCCCCCAGAAGCCCGUCAAGGUGUCGACGUUGGACAUCCGCGAGAAGGUCGCGCGGAAGCGGCCCAAGUCCGCCGCGCCGCUGCGGAAGAACUUCGAGCGGGCGACGGGCGGCGCGCCGCACCGCAUCGGCGACGCCAAGGUCAUCUCCGUCGAGAUGCCCACGCUCCAGCCGAACAAGCCGCGGCGGCCCCAGUCCGCGCCCGCGGCGCGGCGCGCGCCCGAGCCGCCCAUGCCGUCGGAGAUCGGCGCGGCGGUCCUCGUGCGCCAGUUCGUGCCCGCGCCGGCCCGCGAGGAGCCCCGCGAGCCCGGCGCGCCCGAGCCCCGGCCGACGACGGUGCGCAAGCUCAUGGUGUCCAUCCCGACGCUCGGCGCGGCCGCGGCGGGCAACGACGCGCGCGCGGCCGCGCCGGAAGAGGAGGCGCCCUGGGACUCGGGCGCGUCGGCCGGGAGCCGCGACGACCUCGUCUACUCCGACGACGACUCGGUAGUGUUGUCGCCGCGGCGGAGCCACCUCGAGCAGGUCGACUGGCGGCCCGCGUCCGCGCGCGACCGGGGCUUCCGCGGCGACCCGGCCUACGUGCUCGACGAGCCCGCGUCCCGGGAGGACCCGGGCGACGACGUGCCCAUCGUCGCGCGCGCCGUCGUUACCGCGCCGCCGCGGCGGCCGGCGUCCGCGCCCGCGGCGCGGAAGCCGAGGAAGCCCCGGCGGCCCGGCGCCGCGGACCGCGUCGCGCCGCCGCCGCCGACGCAGCGCACGGCGGCCAUGGCGCCGCCCGUGGGCGUGAGCCGGCGCGCGUCCGUCGACGAGCCGCCGGCGACGCCCCUCGCGGCGCUCGCGGCGCGCGCGAACCCCGCGGGGUCCGCGCCCGACGCGCCCGCGAACCGCCGCGAGCGCGCGUUGAUCGCGGGCCUCGCGCGCGACGUCGGCUCGGCCCUCGACGUCGAGGGCUUCGGCCACGUGGCCAAGCUCGUCGACGCCGAGGCGCCCGCGGGGCCCGCGCUCGUCGUCGGCCUCCCCGCGGGCGCCGCGGUCCGCGUGUCAGGGCCCGCGCUCGACCCGGAGGUCCUCGGCCUCGUGCUCCUCGCGCUCGAGUGGCUCAAGCACCUGCGGCUCGCCCACGACGACCCGCGGCAGCGGCGCGCCCUGCCGCCGGAGGCCUUCGCGGCCGCGGCGCGCGGCGGCGCGCCGCUCGAGGCCGCGCGGGCCCAGGCCGCGGCCGCGGCCGCGCGCGAGGCCUCGCUCGCGCCGGCGGCCCACGCGCCCGGCGCCGCCGCGCCGGGCCGGCGCCGGUCGUCGGCCGUGCGCCGCCGCGCGUCCGCGGCGCCCGCGAAGCCCGGCGACGUCAAGUCCGCGCUCAAGGACAAGCUCGCGAAGCGCAAGAGCGCCGCGCGCAAGAAGUUGCAGGCGCCGCCGGCGCGCGCCGCGUGGCGCGCGGCGAAGCGCGCCGCGCGCGACGCCGCGGCCCACGUCCGCGCGCUCGAGGCGCGGCGCAACGCGCUACUCCUCGGGCCCGACGGGGCCCUCUGGAGCGACGCGAGCCUCUACACGCUCGAGUCGCCGAAGACGCUCGGCGCCGUCGUCCGCGCGCUCGCGCGCCACCAGCCCUUCCGCGCGCCCGGCGGCUUCCGCAACCCGGACCCGACGGCGCGGGCCGUCGCGGAGAAGCGGCGGACGGCCAGCGAACUGUUCCGCGAGGUCGUAAGCGACUACUAG